AUGGUGGAGAUCUGGGCUCUCGACGAGUGCGGUGGUGUGAAAGUGACCGAGGGCGCACAAAUGACCCCCACAGGUAUCUCGGACAACGAGGGUGUCCGCUCGGAGGACAUCGAAGGCAAGAAUGCGACAGCUCCAUGUUCAGGAGCAAGCAAAGCCACCUCUACUCGUUCGGGGGAGGAGCGUGGACUGUUGAGCGGAGCGCGCAUAGCAGAUGUUGCCGAAUGGGAUGAACCCUCCCCGCGACACCUCUUGCAGCGUAUUAACGGCUCCUCUGAAGCGGCCGAAUCCGAGGGCACCGAGACAGGUGCUAGGGGCAGUCGUUUGUCGCGCGGAGUGGCUAAACGGAAGAUGAAGAGACGAUGCUUGGCGAAGAGUCCGUGUUUUCGUUUGACGGCUCUCCCCCGCAGCCACGCCUCCCCCUCUUCCACCACUGCCGCUACCACCGACGUCGAUUGCGAUGGUGGCGUAGGCACCCGGAGCUACUUGAUGCACCUCUUAACUGAUAAACCCUCCCACAAUGCCUCACUUGGCUACCUUAACUACCAGCUCCGCUCCCUGCUCGGCUCCGCCUCUCCCGGUCGCCUCUCCACCGCCUUGUCGAUUCUCCGAGGCAUGCUUUCCCCUGACUCCACUUCCCCGCCUGACGCCGCCACUGGGCCGAUCGUUUUCUCCGGCCUGGCCAAGCAUAGCCAUCCCCUGAACGACGAGUCCCUCUCCAUCCUCGUCAAGAUGACCAAGAUGGGAUUUUUUCCGCCCGACGCCUUCGUGUUCACUCAGCUCAUCAGCAAGCUGUGCCGCAGCGGCGCCACCUCCGGGGCCUGGGAUUUCUUCCACGCCGUAAAGGAUGCUGGCGGCUCCAUCGAGGCCCCUGUGUGCGACGCCCUCUUCACUGGCCUCGCUGCAAUUCGAGACUUCCCAAGGAUGAAUCUUCUGUUUUCGGAGCUGAAGGGCUUGGGCGUGCGCCCCGACGUAGCCACCUUCGGUAUACUCAUCAAUCACCUCUGCAAAUCAGGUCGCCUCGACGAUGCACUGAAUGUGCUUGACGCAAUGUCAAGCCCAGAUUCAGAGGUCACCCCUAGCACAAUCAUUUUUAACACUCUCAUCGAUGGGCUCUGCAAGGCAGGAAGGAUUCAGGAUGGUCUCUCCUUGUUUGAUAGGAUGAAAUCAAACCAUGCUUGUGAUCCUGACAGUGCGACUUACACCAUCUUGAUUGAUGCCUUCUGCAAGGCUGCAGAGUUAGACAAAGCUUAUGAAUUGCUUACCAGGAUGGAGAAGGAAAGGGUUGCCGUCGAUGUGUUUACGCUGACCGCCUUUGUAAAUGGAAUGUGCAAACAUGGGAUGAUCGGAAGUGCCCUAGAUUUUUUUCGAAAGAAAAAGGUCAAGUGGCCGGAAGUUAAAGGCAAUGCUAUCACCUAUAACAUCCUGAUUGGUGCUUUUCUUCAUUCCAACAAAGUAGGAAGGGCGAUGGCAUUGUUUGCUGAGAUGAUCAAGGAAGGAGUUUCCCCUGAUUCAACAAUAUACUCCACUCUCAUCUGGGGGUUGACUCAAGUUGGUAAAUUGGAUGAUGCUUAUUCGAAUGUGUUGUUGAUGAGAAAGAAUGGUUUUCGAAUAGGCAUAAAGAGCUAUAACAUUUUGAUCAGUGGGUUUUGCAAGAAGAAGAGGUUGGAUAAGGCAUUCGAGAUAUACGACGAAAUGGUGGAUGAUGGAUGCAAACCUGAUGUUGUCACUUAUGGAACUCUGAUCAACGGUUACUGCAAGGCUGGUGAACUUGACCAGGCCAUGAAGAUCUUCAGGAGCAUGGAAAUGUCAGUGGUGCCAGCUAACACUGUUAUUUAUACCAUCCUCAUUGAUUCUUAUUGUAAGAAUCACAAAGUUGAUGACGCGGUAGACCUCUUCAAUGAGAUGCAGAAACAAGAUAUAUUGCCCGACGUCAAGAUCUACACCUCCAUUUUCAAGGGUUUUAAGGACCAUAACAUGUCUCACAAAGCCUUCGAGCUUAUGGACAAGAUGAAUUUGCAGGGAUGCAAACCAAACAAUGUGACAAUGAAUGUUCUUACAGGAUGGUUAACUGCGAUCGGUGAAGCGGAGAGACUGAGACUAUUUGUGCAUCGGAUGAGAGCUUCUGAUAUCGACUCGAGCAAUCCUGAUGUUUCAUAA